GCGCGGAGCUCCCCGGCGGCGCGGGCGGCAUGAAGACGAGCCGCCGCGGCCGAGCGCUCCUGGCCGUGGCCCUGAACCUGCUGGCUCUGCUCUUCGCCACCACCGCCUUCCUCACCACGCACUGGUGCCAGGGCACGCAGCGGGUGCCCAAGCCGGGCUGCGGCCAGGGCGGGCGCGCCAACUGCCCCAACUCGGGCGCCAACGCCACGGCCAACGGCACCGCCGCCCCCGCCGCUGCUGCCGCCGUCGCCGCCGCCGCCGCCGCGGGGAACGGCCCCCCCGGCGGCGCGCUCUACAGCUGGGAGACGGGCGACGACCGCUUCCUCUUCAGGAAUUUCCACACCGGCAUUUGGUACUCGUGUGAGGAGGAGCUCGGCGGGCUUGGUGAAAAAUGUCGCAGCUUCAUUGACUUGGCCCCAGCAUCAGAGAAAGGGGUCCUGUGGCUGUCGGUGGUCUCCGAGGUGCUCUACAUCCUCCUGCUGGUGGUCGGUUUCAGCCUCAUGUGUCUCGAGCUCUUCCACUCCAGCAAUGUCAUCGACGGGCUCAAGCUCAACGCCUUCGCGGCCGUCUUCACGGUGCUCUCAGGCCUCCUGGGAAUGGUAGCUCACAUGAUGUACACGCAAGUAUUCCAGGUCACCGUGAGCCUUGGCCCCGAAGACUGGAGACCUCAUUCCUGGGACUACGGGUGGUCUUUCUGCCUGGCGUGGGGCUCCUUUACCUGCUGCAUGGCAGCCUCUGUCACCACGCUCAACUCCUACACCAAGACGGUCGUUGAGUUCCGGCACAAGCGCAAGGUUUUUGAGCAGGGCUACCGGGAGGAGCCGACCUUCAUAGACCCUGAGGCCAUCAAGUACUUCCGGGAGAGGAUGGAGAAGGGGGAUGGGAACGAGGAAGAGGACCUCCGCUUGGAUUGUCGCCACGAGAGAUACCCCGCCCGACACCAGCCACACACGGGAGACUCCUGGCCCCGCAGCUCUGCACAGGAGGCAUUGGAGCUGAACCGCCAGUGCUGGGUCCUGGGGCACUGGGUGUGACAGUGACCCAGCCGGGCUCCAGUCCUCAGGCCGUCAUGGGCACCAGCCCCCUGCCGCGAGACCGCUAGUCUGGCGCUUUCAGAAACCUGGUCUGUGUGCUGCGAACUCAGCCAGCCUGCGUGGGGGACACAUGGCCCGCCCUGCCCCCCACGGCCUGGGUCUCAGGCUGCUGGAAUCGGGGCCUGGGUGGCUCGAGGGAUGUGGCACAGGGCUGCACAGCGUGACUUUGGGAUCACAGCUGCUAACUCUUGCCCCCACCACAUGCAGAGCCCUGCUGGGACGCUGAGAAAGACACAUGGACGUCGGCCACUGAAACCUGGGAUCCAUGAGCCAGCCGGGAAGUUCAGGAGGCCCCCAGCGUGCAGAGCCCUGUGGGGGAGGGGCAGGGAAUGGGUGGGGCUUCUCGAAGGAGGGGCAGCAGCACUCCAAUGCAGGGGGGGUCCACACAGCAGGCACACAGCAGGGGCUCAAUAAAUGCUUGUUGAAUCUG